ACGGGUCUGGACUUUGGACAGAGAUAUGGUCCCAUAAAACAGGACAGGACUUCAGCCAACCUUAAGAGACUUUAUUGUCAACUAAUUUGUGCCAUUUUAUGGUUCUUCGCCAUCCGAUCGUUUGUUUUGAUGUUUAUCGGCGACCGAGAGGUUCAGCUAAUGAUGGGAGACAUCUCAGGCUUUUGGAAUGACUAUCGUAUGUAUUACUUAAUGCCUACCUUUUACUACGCCCUCCAGAGCGCCAUUACGGCCACCAUUUUCGUCAGAAACGAACAGGAAUUGGCUUGGCUCGUGCCCUUCGUGUCAGUGAAGCAGUUGCAGAGCAAUAGCGCCCGAACCGCCAAAUAUGACACCAAUAGCCACGAGAAACGGACCAAAAUUACCAUAGUUAUCAAUAACCUCAUUGUCUUGGCGUCCACUGGUUUGGUGGGCGCUCUCUAUGUGAUGACGGCCUGGGAGAACAUGGAUGUGUCCUCCUUUAGACUAUUCCUGCCAUGGAUUGGCAUUCAGACCCUAUGGGUGUUCUACAUGUCGGGGAUCAACAUGUUUACGAUGACCUACUUCAACCUCAUUUGUCUCAUUCUUAGCAAUCGCUUCAAACAGGUCUGCAAAGACAUCGAAGCCUUAGCCGAAUCAGAUCCGGGACCGUUGGGCAGCAAAAACAACGCCCUGUCCACUCUCUACUACGAACACAACGAGAUCUGCGAGUUAGUGGACGAGUCCAACAACUUCUGGCAGUCGUUCAUAUUCUUCAACUACAUGUGUCACAUCCCCUGCAACUGCUAUGCGCUCUACAAUCUAUUCUUCGCCGAAUUCGAUGACCUCUUGGCUAUCGUCACGUGGACUGUAUUUCUUCACACUUUGCUUUUCCUCGGAUUUAUAUCCCUCUCGGCCGCCGACGUGUCCGCAGAAGCUCACAGCCCUUACACAGCAUUACAUACACUAUCUCUCCUUCAACUUCCCAUUGAUUUGGAAGUCAAUAUGUCCACUUUCUUGCAUCGGGUGAGAGGACCCACUAUUGGCUAUUCGUGUCUCGAUUUAGGACCCACUAUUGGCUAUUCGUGUCUCGAUUUGUUUGUUAUAACAAACGCCAGUAUUUCAAAUACCAUCGCAGCGGUCGCCUCUUACUUCUUGAUUGUGGCCGACUUCAGCCGAUCCACUGCUGCGGCCAAUGCGGCCGAGAAGAAGAUGGAGGCGGCAAAGGCUGCCCUCAACGCCAGUCUGGCUAACAGUGGAACCGCUCAAUGAUUUAUUGCUAUCCACUUGCAAUCCAUUUAUUAUUGAUGUCUCACACCAUUUGAGAUUAAUGUCCUAAAUAUUAAAUUCAUAUUUUUGCUAAUUUUUGUAUCUAAAUCACAGUCC